UUGCUCUCACACAGAACCCAAAACAUCCACCAACACAAAAGUUGUAUUUUUCUUUUUUUUCACUUUAAGCCUUUUGCUUUGUGAAGACUCUUCAACAGAUCCACUGGAAGAGACGCUUUUUUGUCCUCGUGCUGAGAGUUGACCUGUGAUGUCUCUGAGAGGUGAAGUGUGUGUGGUGACGGGAGCCGGAGGAUUCCUGGGAAAGAGGCUGGUGAGGCUGCUGCUGGAGGAGGAGAGCGCGGCUGAGAUUCGACUGCUGGACAAACACGUUCAGCCACAAUUUCUCCAGACUCUGGAGGACUGCAGAGGCGACACAAAGUUGAGUGUUUUCGAGGGCGACAUCAGAGACGGUGACUUCCUGAGAAAGAGCUGCCGAGGUGCAUCAAUCGUCUUCCACAUCGCAUCCAUCAUUGACGUUUAUGACUCAGUGGAGUACAGUGAGAUAUACGGGGUCAAUGUCAAAGGAACGCAGCUGCUCCUGGAGGCCUGUAUUCAAGAGAACGUGGUGUCCUUCAUCUACACCAGCACCAUCGAGGUGAUGGGACCGAAUGGGAAAGGUGAUCCUAUAAUCAACGGCAGCGAGGACAUGAUUUACGACUGCACUCUGAAGUUUGCCUACAGCAAGACCAAGAAGGAGGCUGAAGAGCGAACCCUGCAGGCCCACAGCGAGGUGCUCCAGAACGGAGGCCGACUGGCCACCUGCGCCCUCAGGCCGAUGUAUAUCUAUGGGGAGGGCUGCCGCUUCCUGCUGGGCCACAUGGGCGACGGGAUACGAAACAAGAAUGUUUUAUAUCGUAUGUCUCUCCCAGAGGCCCAAGUGAAUCCUGUGUAUGUGGGCAACGUGGCCGCAGCGCACCUCCAAGCAGCCCGCAGCCUCAAAGAUCCACAAAAAAGAAACGCCAUCGGAGGAAAGUUUUACUUCGUUUCCGACGACACACCGCUCAUGAGUUAUUCAGACUUUAACCACGUGGUGAUGUCACCUCUGGGCUUCAGCAUUCAAGAGAAGCUCAUGUACCCACUGUGGCUUCUCUACACCAUCUGCUUCAUAAUCGAGAUCGGGUGCAUGAUUCUGCGACCUUUCGUACGUAUCGUCCCGCCGCUGAAAUGGCAGCUCGUCACCAUGUUGAACACGUCGUUCAGCUUCUCCUAUCAGAAGGCGAAGAGAGAUCUGGGGUACGCCCCCAGAUACACCUGGGAGGAGGCGCGUAAAUGCACCACUGAAUGGCUCGCGUCAGAGCUGCCGAGGGAGAGGGAGAGAAUACUAACUAAAUGA